CACCACAGCACGCCCAAAGAAAUGCGGCUGCGCUUGGGCUUUCGUUUGAUGCGAGCCUUCACCGCUGUCAUGCUUCCGCUCCUGCGCCGGCUCGCAAGUCCAGGCCGAUCCUACACCACCAAGUCGUCGCUCUUCUUGCACAACUUCAUGAACACCACCACAGGAGGCCCGGUCUACACCCAGAUCCACCAAAAGCUGAACGACCAUCUCAGACCUUCGCAUCUGGAGAUCGUCGACGACAGCUCCAAGCACGCCGGCCAUGCGGCAAUGAAGGGCCUCAAGCCGAACGAGACCCACUUCCGAGUCUUGGUGGCAUCGGACGAGUUCAAGGGCAAGACUCUGCUUCAACGACAUAAGCUGGUCUACCAAAUCCUGGAUGACGAGCUCAAGGCCGGCGUGCACGCUCUCCAGAUUACUGCCAAGACGCCUGAUGAGUUCGAGCGAGCCAACAGCUUGCCAGCCGCCUGAUCGAUGCACGUCAAGCUUGCCGGUUUACUAUUCCAUGUCUGAUAUGUGGCCAGCCGGAGUGGUCCGUAGAUCUCCAAUAUAGAGCUGUUGGACGAGA